GGGACGGCAGUAGAGGAAUAUGACAGUAAUGGAGAAUUUGUUCGCAGUUUUGGAGAAGAAAUAUUGAGGUAUGCCGUGGAUAUCACUGUUGCUAACGAUGGCCGUAUUUUAGUAUUGGACAAUGAUGAUCCCUCCCGUAGCGAUACUCUCAAAGCAGAUUUGGUUGUUCACAUAUUCAGUGAACACGGCGACUAUCUGAACAAGUUCAAACUGAAAAGAAGUUUCUUUAAGUACACGAGCAUCACAUUUCAACCAGCAGGUGAACAUGUCGUCGUCGCUGGUAUAGACUUAAACAGAAACCUCCUGGAGGUUAAAAUAUUGAGCAAAGAUGGUGAGUUUGUUCGUAGUGUACAAAUCCAAAAUUGUGACGAGUUCUUUGAAGUAAGAGGGAUUGCAAUGAACAAUGAUGGACGCAUUGCUGCUGUUACAACAAAUUUAAAAAAUGGUAAAGUAGUCGUUUUAUAA